CGGGUCUACUACCUCUCCCUGGAGUACUACAUGGGACGAUCACUAUGCAAUACAAUGCUUAACUUGGGUAUUCAAGGAGCUUGUGAUGAGGCCUUGUAUCAGUUAGGUUUGGACAUCGAAGAACUGGAAGAUAUUGAAGAGGAUGCUGGGCUAGGAAACGGAGGUCUUGGUCGCUUGGCUGCAUGCUUUCUUGAUUCUAUGGCCACUCUUGGCUUAGCUGCCUAUGGAUAUGGGAUCAGAUAUGAAUAUGGUAUUUUUGCACAGAGGCUUAAAAAUGGGGAACAGGUGGAAGACCCAGAUGAUUGGCUAAGGUAUGGUAACCCAUGGGAAAAGGCAAGACCUGAGUUUAUGUUGCCUGUUAAUUUCUAUGGACGGGUUGAAAACACAGAAAAAGGUGCCAAAUGGGUGGAUACCCAGAUCGUUUUUGCUAUGCCUUAUGACAGCCCAAUUCCUGGGUUCCGUAAUAAUGUUGUUAACACCAUGCGUCUGUGGUCAGCUAAGUCUCCAGUCAGUUUUAAUCUGAAGUUUUUCAAUGAUGGUGACUAUAUUCAAGCUGUGUGUGAUAGAAAUCUAGCAGAAAACAUUUCCAGGGUGUUAUACCCUAAUGAUAAUUUCUUUGAAGGAAAGGAGUUACGUCUAAAGCAAGAGUACUUCAUGGUUGCUGCGACACUUCAAGAUAUUGUUCGCCGUUUCAAGUCUUCAAAGUUUGGAAGCAGAGACCCUGUUCGCACCUCCUUUGAUAGAUUCCCUGAAAAGGUGGCUAUUCAGUUGAAUGAUACACAUCCUGCCUUAGCCAUCCCUGAACUAAUGAGGAUUCUAAUAGAUGUGGAAGGCCUGACCUGGGAUAAGGCUUGGGAGGUUAGCUGUAAAACAUGUGCCUACACUAAUCAUACAGUGUUACCUGAAGCUUUGGAGCGCUGGCCUGUCCACCUGCUGGAGAGAAUUUUACCUCGUCACCUGCAGAUCGUUUAUGAAGUCAAUGCUAGACAUUUGGAUGAAGUAAGAAAAAAGUUUCCUGGUGACAUUGAUCGGUUACGUCGCAUGUCACUGGUGGAAGAAGAGGGGGAGAAGAGGAUUAACAUGGCUCAUCUGGCAAUUGUUGGUUCUCAUGCAGUGAAUGGUGUAGCUCGGAUCCAUUCUGAAAUCUUGAAGGCAGACAUUUUCAAAGACUUCUAUGAAAUGAGUCCAGAAAAGUUCCAGAAUAAAACUAAUGGAAUAACUCCUCGUCGUUGGCUGGCACUUUGUAACCCUGGCCUUGCUGAUGCUAUUGCUGAUCGCAUUGGAGAAACUUGGCUGACACAUUUGGAGGAACUUAAGAAACUGGCUGCUUUUGUAAACGAUCGGGGAUUCAAACGAACCAUCCACACUGUGAAACAGGAAAACAAGAUGAAGUUAGCAUCUUUGAUUCAAAAAGAAUACGGUAUCAGCAUCAAUCCAUCAUCCAUGUAUGACAUUCAGGUGAAAAGAAUUCAUGAGUAUAAGAGGCAGUUACUGAACAUUCUUCAUAUCAUUACCAUGUACAAUCGCAUCAAACAAAAUCCUUCAGCUCCGUUCGUGCCAAGAACAGUCAUGAUUGGAGGAAAGGCAGCUCCAGGAUACUUUAUGGCUAAACAGAUCAUCCGGCUGAUCUGUGCUGUAGGUAAUAUAGUAAACAAUGAUCCUGUGGUGGGAGACAAGUUGAAGGUUGUCUUCUUGGAAAACUACAGAGUCACAUUGGCUGAGAAGAUUAUCCCAGCUGCUGACCUCAGUCAGCAGAUUUCAACAGCUGGAACUGAAGCUUCAGGAACUGGCAACAUGAAGUUUAUGCUCAAUGGUGCUCUCACUUGUGGAACAUUAGAUGGAGCAAAUAUUGAAAUGAAAGAAGAGAUGGGGGCAGAAAACAUCUUUAUAUUUGGAAUGACAGUAGAUGAAGUAGAGGAAUUAAAAAGAAAAGGGUACAAUGCUUGGGACUACUACAACAAGAUUCCUGAAUUAAAACAGUGUAUUGAUCAGAUCAGUAGUGGUUUCUUUAAUCCCCAAAACCCUGAUCAGUUCAAAGAUAUAGCAAAUAUUCUUCUGAACCAUGACAGAUUCUUCCUGCUGGCUGAUUACGAGGACUACAUUAGAUGCCAGGAGCGUGUUAGUGAUAUGUAUACGAAUACAGAAGAAUGGAUAAAGAUGGCCAUCAUGAACAUUGCAACAUCUGGCAAGUUUUCCAGUGAUCGUACCAUCUGUGAAUAUGCUAGGGAGAUUUGGGGAGUGGAACCAUCAUGGGAGAAACUUCCUGCUCCUCAUGAACCUAAAGAAGAAGAAGCUAGCACUCCAGAGCAGCCUAAGAAAGAAAAAAAAGAAACCAAAAAACCCGAGAAAAAGAAAUAAGGAAAAAAGUAUUUUAAGAAAUGUUUUUGGAGGUAAAGCGGCCUUUCACAGUGUGUACAGGAUUUCAGUCAGAGUCUGUCUUCUUGUGUAUAGACCUUCAACAGUUUUCUUUGUUUAUAAUGGUUUGUUCAUGUGCCUGUGUUGUCAAAAAGAACUAGAUGUGCCUAUGUUUGGAAGUGAUCAUGUAGCAAAAGUUUUGAGUUCAUUUUGAAGUGAUACAAAAAAUAACUAAGAUCUAAGUUGUUGUUUUAAUAAUUGUUGUUGUUGUUGUUAUUAUCAGUGGUGAAAAACUUAUUUUUGAACGAAUUGCUUUUAUCAAUCUGUACAUUUUAAAUUUUAACUACAAUAUUUAAAAUCAAUACUAAUAUUAAAGUUUAACAAAAGCUAUAACUAUUUGAUCAAUAGCUUCUAAAGAUUAAAUGAUGAUAUUAUUUUUAUUUAAUAUAUAUUGCCUACUGUAUUUAAACAGACUGUUAUUUUACUAGCUGUUUUGAAGUAGUUAGGAAGUACAUAAUGUGACUUAAAUUUUAGGUUCAUGAAAUUUAUUGUUUUUGUUCAUUUACAAUGACAGGGAAAAAAAAGUAAAAGAUAAGCUUUACUUGCUA